AUGCCACAUGAUUUUGGAUCUAAAUACUUUGUGCCUCUACUACUAUGUACACUUAUACCAAAGUGGUCGCUGAUUGCUGGAAGACUUCCUGGAAGAACAUCAAACCAUGUGAAAAACUACUGGAGUACCCGACUAAGGAAAAAUAAGUCUUCUGGGGCCGAAAAAGAUAAAACCCCAGAAACAACAAAGACAGUAAUAUUAAGGCCUCAACCACGAACCUUCUCCAAAAAGCCAAAUUGUUUGAGCAGCCCAGCUCCAACUUUACAGCAUAUUCAAUUACAAGAGAAUUUUAGCUGGCCAUUGCCAUCAUCACCGCCUAUAGAAAAUGGAAUUGAUGAGUGGAAAAGCCAGUUAGCUGAUACGAACAGUGUUGAAAGAGCAAUGUGUUCUGGUUUUCAGUUGGAGGAAGAUUUCUUCACAAACUUUUGGGUUGAAAAUAUAGCCCAAAACACAGGAACUGGUGUAAAUUAUGCUGACGAAGGCCUGCUGAGUAACAGUGACUUCUCUUUUCAUCUUUGGAAUUUUUCAAAAUAA